AUGGCAGGAAGAAAGAAAAAGUAGGAAAUUAUGACGACAAUUACAAGUGAAGAGCAUUUCAUGUAAUUCUACAAUGAACAAAAUAAAAAGCUUGUCGUCGUAGAUAUAUAUCCUGGAUGGUCUGGACCCUGUACUGCUAUGUACCCAACUUAUAAUUAACUUAUGUUAAGUAUUGAUGAUUUUGAAAAAAGAAUAGACAUUUUACUUCUUGAUUAAGAUAAAUUAGUGAAUUAUAAAAGCGAUAAAUUCAGUUCAACAUGUAAGCCUAAGUUUCUAUUUAUUUCUGAUGGAAAAAUUAUUGAUGUUGUUGAAGGAACUAAUGUUCCAGUUUUCGUAGAUAGAGAAUUAUUAGCUUAAGUAGUGUAAAACCGUCCUGAAGACAUUAGACAAUUUUUACGUGAAUAAUUGUAACUUAUAAUAUCAACAUAAGGUGAAAAUUUCUAUUACCAAAAAGAAGACUUCGAAAUAAUAUUUAUGAACUACGAUUUUUUAUAAUAAGAUAAACUCUUGGAUUGUUUGGUUUAAAAAUAAACAAAGAAUAAUUUUUAAAGAAAUACCCUUAGUAUUAGAAUCAACAUUAUAAAAUUCGGAGAAAAACAUAUAGAAAGUGCAGAAACUUUAGAAAACAUAGCCGUAGUACAAUUAAAACAAGAAAAGCAUGAAGAAGCAUUGGAAAAACUGUAAAAAGUUUUCUAAAUUAAAAAAAAGAAAUAUGGAGAAAACUCUAUUAAUAUAGCAGGAACAUUACAUAAUAUUUCAAUUGCUUUAAUAGGCAAGAAAGAUAUUUAAGGUGCUUUAAAAAUUAGUAAAAAUGCGUUAGUAAUUGCAAAAAAUGAUUCCAUGGCUAGUUCUUUCGCAAGAACAGUUGAAAAAUAAGUUACAGUUAUACAAGAAAGCUAAGAAGAUGUAAAAUAAUAUUUUAGAAAAUAUAGAAUUAACUAUUUAUUCAACAUCUGA